AUGAUCUUCGCCGCCCGUCAACUUCAGGAGAAGUGCCAGGAGAUGCGGACCCACCUGUACUCUACCUUCGUGGACCUGACGAAAGCCUUCGACACGGUAAAUCGUGAAGGACUGUGGAAGACCAUGCAGAAAUUCGGCUGUCCGGAGGGAUUCACUCAGAUAGUGCGUCAGCUGCACGACGGUAAAAUAGCACGAGUCACGGACAACGGUGUUGUCUCAGAGGCAUUCGCAGUUACUUACGGAGUGAAGCAGGGAUGCGUGCUGGCGCCUACCCUCUUCAGUCUUAUGUUCUCUACCAUGCUGAUGGACGCCUACUGCGACGAACGCCCCGGGAUCCGCAUCGCCUACAGGACGGACGGUCACCUUCUGAAUCAACGGCGGAUGCACUUCCAAUCGCGCGUAUCGACGACCACCGUUCACGAACUCCUCUUCGCCGACGACUGCGCCCUGAACACCACCUCGGAAGAGGAGAUGCAACGGAGCAUGGACCUGUUCUCCGCCGCCUGCGAGAACUUUGCGCUGGUCAUUAACACGCAGAAGACGGUGGUGAUGCAUCAGCCGCCACCCAACUCAGCCACACCCCUCAACGGGCCGCAAAUCAGCGUGAACGGAACCCAGCUGCAAGUGGUGGAGAACUUCCCGUACCUGGGCAGUACUCUCUCCCGCAAAACCAAGAUCGACGACAAGUCGCCAACAGGAUCUCGAAAGCCAGUCAAGCCUUCGGUCGUCUCCGAAGGACAGUUUGGAAUCGCCACGGUCUCCAACUGA